UGAGUUUGAAGUGUUGCUCCAAUGUCCCUCGCCCAAGAGUUGGCAGCAUCUUCGAUGUCUGCCCAGGAGACGUUCUUCAAGGAAACCGUGCAGAAAUUCACGGCAGAGUGUAAACAUCAAGCAGCGAGAGGAUUUUGCAGCUGCACGAUGCGGUGUCACAAACCGAGUUACGUAUCCCAAGAAAGUCUUGAGAUUUUGGCACAUAGGCUGCACGAACUUGGCUUGGUGGAUGUCUAUGCAAGAGAUUGCGGUCUCCAAAUUGGUCCCCAAAUUGAGUAUAUUGAGUUGACCGCCAGAUGGAAGUUGAAGCCUGCAGAGCCCGAGAAGACCGGGAAAGGCACCAGCAGCACUUGUCCAGUGUGCUUCGAGAACGGUCCCGUCGUGGCCCUCACACCAUGCGGACACGUGGUGUGCAAACAAUGCCAGGCAGCUCAGCGAUUUCGUCAGUGCCCCAUGUGCCGCCAGGUCGUCACCGGAGCCACAACGGCUUUGUUCUUGUGACCUUGGUGGCAGCAACAAAACAUAGCAACAGCUGUCAUGGAAAGUGUGGCGCAUUUUGCUCCUGGCUUUCUGGCACCAGCUUUGCUUGCGGAUGGAUUUCGAUGCCGUCAUAGUUCCUUUCGGUUUUGCUGAGAGCACAGUGAUCAGCAUCUAUGUAUCUCUGACUGGCGCGCCCAAUGAGCCAGUAGAGAUAGUGUUUAAUCAUGCGGGACUGUCAGUCAAGUGGAUUUGCUACCUUGAGCAUGUUCACAGUAUGCGGCAUGAAGGGUUAUUUCAAAGCCCAUAAGAGGCUAGCACAGAACAAAACAGCAAACGAUGAUGAACCCUGCGAGG